AUGUUUGUCAAAAUACUUUUUUUUGUUGCCACCCUUAUGGCAGUAAGCGCGCAACAUCAUGGACAAAAUCACGGUGAAGCCAUUUCUUCUCAGUCAAUCAUUCUUCAUGAUAUCGCCCACGAUCAACAAUACUACAAACCCGCCCAAGUUGCUCACCAUGCUGCUCCCAUAGUUCAUCACGCUGCUCCUGUAGUUCAUCAUGUUGCUCCUAUAGUUCAUCACGUCGCUCCUGUUGUUCAUCACUCGGCUCCCAUAGUUAAUCACGUAACACCUAUAGUUCACCACGUAGCUCCAAUAAUUCACCACCCAGCUCCUAUAGUUCAUCACGCGUCUCCUGUAGUUCAUCACACAACGCCCCAUAAUUCUUAUGAACACCACGAUUACUACGCUCACCCCAAAUAUGAGUUCCAGUACGAGGUGCAAGAUCACCACACCGGUGAUAUCAAGUCACAGCACGAAGCUCGUGAUGGUGAUCAUGUCACAGGCUUUUACAGUUUACACCAACCUGACGGCGUCGUGCGUACCGUACAUUAUAAUGCUGACAAGCACAGCGGAUUCAAUGCACAAGUUGAAUUCUCCGGACACUCACAACAUCCCCAGCCGGCUCAUCAUGCUCCACAACCGUACCAAUUUUUACAGUCAGUAAUCUUUGCUGUCGCGCUGAUCGCGGUGAACGCGCACUAUCUCGGACAAAGUCACGGUCUCGCCGUUUCUUCUCAGUCGAUCCUCCGACAUGACGUAUCCCAUGACCAACACAACUAUCACCACGUCCACGCUGGCCACGAUCAUCAUGACUAUUACGCUCACCCCAAAUACGAGUUCGCAUACAAGGUAGCUGAUCACCACACUGGUGACAUCAAGUCUCAGCACGAAGCUCGUGACGGCGACCACGUCACAGGCUCCUACAGCCUGCACCAGCCCGAUGGUGCCGUGCGCACCGUACAUUACAACGCUGACAAGCACAGCGGGUUCAACGCUCAAGUAGAUUACUCCGGUCACUCACAGCACAUCCCAACAGUUCACCACGCCGCUCCCGUGGUUCACCAUGCUCAUGUCUACCACAAUGAUCACCAUGACUCUCACGGUCACCACGAUUACUACGCACACCCCAAAUACGAAUUCAAUUACAAGGUAGCAGAUCACCACACCGGUGACAUCAAGUCUCAGCAUGAAUCUCGUGACGGCGACCACGUCACAGGCUCCUACAGCCUGCACCAGCCCGAUGGUGCCGUGCGCACCGUACAUUACAACGCUGACAAGCACAGCGGGUUCAACGCUCAAGUGGAUUACUCCGGUCACUCACAACACAUCCAGCUAGCUCACUAUGCUCAUCCCUACCUCUACUAAAUUAUUUUUAGACUCAUUGUGACUUACAAUGUUUAAAAGUGUCUGAUAUAUACUAUUAACAUUUGACAAUAAAGAAUUAAACUUACUU